UCUACUCUUUUAGCUUUACACAUAUCCCAAGAUUACGCGUCCAUCCGAGCAUCACGAGCUCUCUUCACUCCGUUCAUGGAUCAACCAGCCGAUGAUUUGCUGCCUCUCAUCCUUGGAAGAGUUCCAAAGUGGAAAGACCUCUCCCUUGUUUCUGAUAAAGUCAACGAAGUCCUAAAUUCAUCGGAGAUACGAGAUGUGCAAGAUCGUAGAGGUUCCAACAGUGUCUGGAUCAGGUUCAAGAACGGUGAAACCUUGGUAGAAUGUCAGGUUAAACGAAGUAAAGACUCCAGAACACAUGUCUUAACCCACGAGUUCUUGAAAGUCUUACCUCCGCAGCCGAUUCAGUUCGCCACCUACUUCAGAGGGUGUAUGUACGUGGUCUGUGCCGCCGUACCUUCUUCCUCUCCAACCCGUGUCUACUACUUCGUUGUAGGAACUAACUUUCUUACACAGGCCCCUGUGAUGAAAGAAGAUGUCGAUUUCAAAGCGGCUGGUGUUGUUGGAGGUAAGAUUCUAAUCUUUGGAACCACGCGUAGCUAUAUUAGAGGGCGGAACUGUUUACUGGUAUACAAUAUGUAUACAAACAAAUGGGAGCCUCCAGUCUUUACACCACAAGCUUGAUGCAUCUCCACCCAUGUGGUGGGAUGCUGGGAAUUAUGGACCGUUCCCGAUUUUGAAUGAUGCGUCGUUUUCGACGGACUCGGCUUGUGUGCUUGCGGAUCACAUUUUCAUUUUCAUCUCGGGUUUAGGUUUAUUAUGUUUUGAUGGUGGAGAUGGACAGACUUGGAAGAGAGUCUUAGGUUUGAGUGAGGUUGUUUGUGGUCUAGCUAAGCCAUUUUUGGCAGAGCUUAAUGGCAGAGUUGCAAUCAUUUGGCUCGAUAAAGAUGAUGAGGAAGUUGAGGCUGACUUCAGCAAGCUGUGCCUGUGUUUGAUUUCGAUAAGUGUGAAGGGAGGCUUUGUAAGAGGAACACAAGAGAAAGUAGAAGUGGUUGAUUUGGUUCCAAGAUCCUAUGAUAUCUACAAAUGUAUUGAGGUUUUAAGUGAGCCUGAGUCUACCACUGCAAGCACUUCUUCAUGAGCUUGCAACUCAAAAAUUCUAUGACAAUGGGCUUUGUAUCCCUUUUCUCUCUUGUUUAACUCAACUUCUGUGACAAUGAUGGUGUAUCUUUUCUCUCUCGCUAGUUUAUGAAAACUCUUGUUUAUGUUGGUUAUUUAGUUUGGCUAAUGUUGUUUCCAUAAUCUCUAUGAAAACUCUUGUUCAUUUAUGUUGGUUAUU